AACACGAGGGAAAAAUCGCGGUGUCGAAUGGCUGUCAUCGCUUUUUAUGACAGAUGUUUUGCGUGAUAAAUUUGCUUUGUUAAUCUGUAUGAAUAAUAGUUUCGUGAGCGUUAUUUGAUAAAUAAACAAUUAAUAAGUACGCUUGCGAUUGGAUCAUUCACUAAAAGUGAAUAUUUUUCAUCAAAUGACUGACGAUCAAGAAAGUCAAAUAUCCGAAAAUAUUUUGAAGUAAAGAUUUGGAGCCAGCUGUCUUCACCAUCACAACGGACCGCGAAUACGAAACAUCCGGGCUGAGGUAUUGAUAGUGUAGUGGUGGUUGAAUAAUAAUAUUUAAACUACUCGUGAUAAAGGUCGAAUAUUUGUGAAAAUGGCAAAGACCUAUGAUUAUUUAUUUAAACUACUACUGAUCGGAGAUUCGGGCGUCGGCAAAACUUGUGUAUUAUUCAGAUUUUCCGAAGAUGCAUUCAAUACGACCUUCAUCUCUACUAUUGGAAUUGAUUUUAAAAUUCGUACAAUUGAGUUAGAUGGCAAGAAGAUUAAAUUGCAAAUAUGGGAUACUGCUGGACAAGAAAGGUUUCGUACAAUAACAACGGCAUAUUAUCGUGGUGCUAUGGGAAUAAUGUUAGUGUAUGAUGUUACAAAUGAAAAAAGCUUUGAAAAUAUAAAAAAUUGGAUUCGUAAUAUAGAAGAAAAUGCAUCUGCUGAGGUAGAGAAGAUGUUAUUAGGCAAUAAGUGUGAACUUACAGACAAGAGACAAGUAUCGAAGGAACGAGGUGAACAACUUGCAGUUGAAUACGGUAUUAAAUUUAUGGAAACGUCUGCAAAAUCUAGUAUCAAUGUCGAAGAAGCAUUUUAUACUUUGGCACGUGACAUUAAAGCUAAAAUGGAGAAAAAAUUGGAAGCAUCAAAUCCACCUAAAGGUGGUGGUCACCAGUUGAAAGCAUCGGAACCACAAAGGAAACCGCCAAGUUGGUUAGCUCGCUGUUCUAUACUCUGACCCCCUAAAUAUUUCCGACCUUUGAAUGAGGCCAACUUGUCUAUUAUUAUUAAUUACUUACAUACAUUUCGUCGAACAAAUUUAACGUUCUACGAGGCUUCAUAUGGUCCAGUAAUUGGGCUCUGUGAUUUCACACCUUGACAAUGGACAUUGACUGUGUUUUUAUAAUCAUUAACAUUAAAUAAUUUCUUACUGAAAGAACCAUUAGAGGAGAAAUUGUCAAAACUGUUUCAGUUGGUUUUUCUGUAUCGUUAAUGAUUAUAUUUUUUUAUAAAGAAGAAAUAGAAAAACAUGUAAUGUACACAUUUGAAAUGGAAAUAUUUUGCAACUGCAUUUUUGUAUUAUCUUUUAUUAUAAUCUUAUCAAUAAGUAAUUUGUGAAAUAAUAUUGUUGUGAAAAUUGUGAUAUUUACAGCAAAAAAAUUCAUAAAGUAAUAAGUUUCAUCUUAUUUUUUACAUUUCAUUGUGCUUCUGUGAUUGUUUCUCCUCUGGUGUUGUUAUGUAAAGAAGGGAUACAAUGGAAUCAAUAUUAAAGAACCAAUACUAAAUGUGAAAUGCAAGUAUAAACUACUUCGCUUUAAUAUUGGGGGAAUAUCAUUUUUAUAAGACGCACGAAAUGCAUUCUUUUACAUCAAAUAUUUUUGUGUUCCUGUUAUUAAAAAACAUAUAUCUAUACAUUUAGAAGGAAGGAUCACUGUGCAAAACCACGUAUAAUGAGUAAUAAAGUAAGGUUAACCAGUAUAAAAAUCACAA